AAAUUUGAUUUUGAAAAAAGAAUUGCAAUCACAGAAUCCUGGAGGGACUGAACAGGUUCCGCCCAUUCUGACUGAGAACUACAGUUGGCUAUGUGUCUACAAUAAAACAGGUUCCACUCAUUCUGCUCCUCCUGCUGCAGUCACAGGCAGCAUACACUUUUAGCAUGCUAGCAAUUAGCAUUGAGUGUUUGCUUGCUUGUGUGUGUGACAAAGAGAGCAGUAUCAAUAAAGCACUGCCCAAUUAGCCCCACCCCAUCGACUAUGCCUGCUCCACAGCUGCAUGGAGGGGAGCUGCCGAGGGGAGGAAGGGAUUGGAGGAGGGGUCUCUCCAGCCUCAGACCAACCCCUCAGCAAGCAUCUCCAGCCUUCAGUCAGUCAGGCAGCCAGCCCACUGGAAGCCAAGCCCCCGACAGGCAGGGCAGCUUCCCCCUAAAAGGACAGCUCCCGGAACACUAUUGCUGAUACUGCUGCUGGUAGGAGAUGAAUACAGCACUGGGGAUUCUGUAGCUAGCUGCACAACCAGAGAGCGUGAGAGAAAGAGGGGGAAGACAGAGAGUGAGACUCAGGAGGUAGAGAGAGAGACGGGGGAAGAGAGAGUCGGGGCGGAAUGAGAGAGAGGGAGGACGGGAGGGAGAGACGCUGGCCCAGGAGCUGCUGCUGCUGCUGAUGCAGCCACCUGACAUUUAGCCUCCCAAGAUAAGAGGAAGGAACACUAGCAGCAUCUCAGUCACAAUGCUACAGUGCUAGCUAGCCAGCAGAUACGAAAACUAAGCUCCAGGAUGCGUUGCAGGAGAAAAAUCGUCUGAACCUUGAGUUGUCCAGCCACAGCCUGAAGGCAUCCAAGUAUGACCAGGUAAGGUCAGAAUAUGAGCAACUUAGACACACCUAUAGCACUGUGAGUCAGGAGAGAGACUUGGCUCAAGAGGAGAGGAAACAGCUCCAAGGCAAACUGGAGAACCUCGAGCAGGUCCUCAAGCAUAUGCGAGAGGCUGCAGAGAGGAGGCAGCAGUUGGAAGAGGAGCAUGAGCAGGCCCUGGCUGUCCUCACCACCAAGCAGCAGGAGAUUCACCUUCUGCAGAGGUUUCAGGUUUUUCUGUUGGAACUCAUCGCGCCCCAUCUGUUCUCACCCAGUCUCCCCCGGUCCUCAGAUAGCCCUCAGCUGUGAAGCAUUAACUGCCUUCUCCUCCUCAUGCUGUGCAGAGCUGACAUCAGUUGUUGUUCAACUCAGACUGUCUAUUCUACAGGCUCAGGUUAAAGCUGAGAAAGAGCAUGAGGGAGCGGUCCACCUGUUAGAGAACCAUUUGGACAGAAUGCAGGUCAAGGUUCGCGACCUGGAGCUGAAAUGCAGGUCACAGACUGAACGUUUUGGCCAGCUGUCCAAGGACCUGGAGGAUUUCCGUCUGGAGGCGGAUACUGUAGACAUCCUCAGCACUGAGCCUUUCUCCAAACACGACGUUCCCUUUCACCCGGAAAAUAAACUCUCCCAAAUCCUCAACGGACUGGCAGCCCAGGCAGGGAAAGGCGAUGAGAGCUCAGCAAACACUCGGCUGAUAUCCAAGUUCCUCCGCCCACUGCAGAUCGGAGACAGUGACAGGCCGGAGCUGCUGUCUGUCAAUCCCCCUCCCGUGACAACGAGCUGCCCCAGCAGCCCGCGACGGGCGACCCCCUCAGAGAUGGAGGAUGAGAUACGCCGUGCACCCAGGUCCAAGCCUCGCUACACUGGCACAGUCCGUCUAUGCACUGCCCGCUACAGUUACAACCCUUAUGAUGGACCUAAUGAGCACCCAGAGGCAGAGCUCCCCCUGGUGGCUGGGAAGUACCUGUAUGUGUACGGCACGAUGGAUGACGACGGCUUCUACGAAGGGGAGCUGCUGGAUGGCCAGCGAGGGCUGGUCCCCUCCAACUUUGUGGAGUUUGUCCAAGACAAGGAGAAACCAUCCAUCCAGCCAGGGGACACAGGGGAGGACCUGGGCUCUCUGGACAAUACCUCCCUUGGCCUAAUGGGGGCGGAUGGAGGGCCCCCUCAGGAUGGGCUACUGGGCUCCACCAACCCACUGGGCCCCUGCAGUAACGGCACAGGCCCCCUAGAUCCUGAGGAUCUGUCUGAUGACAUUGUGCCUUACCCCCGGAGGAUCACCCUAAUCAAGCAGUUGGCCCGUAGCGUCAUUGUGGCCUGGGAGCCCCCCAUGGUGACUCUGGGCUGGGGAAACAUCAGCUGCUACAACGUGCUGGUGGAUGGUGAGGUGCGUGCCAGCGUGCCCUACGGGGGCAGGACCAAGUCUUUGUUGGAGAAGCUGGAUCUGGACACGUAUACGCACCGCGUGUCCGUGCAGAGUGUAACAGACAGGGGACUGUCGGACGAGCUGCGCUGCACCCUGAUGGUGGGAGCCAACGUGGUGGUGGCGCCAUACGGCCUGCGUGUGGACGACAUCCUGCGCGACUCGGCCGAGCUCUCCUGGUUGCCCAGCAACAGUAACUAUGGGCACACAGUGUUCCUGGAUGGGGCGGAGCAUGCGGUGGUGCGGCCGGGGAGGUACAGACUGCGCUUCGUCAACCUCAAGGCCAUGACGGUGUACAAGGUGAGGGUGGUGGCCCGGCCACACCAGGUGCCAUGGCAACUGCUCAUGGAGCAGAGGGAGAAGAAGGAGACUGCAGUGGAGUUCUGCACACAAGCUGCUGGUCCUGGACCAUAUUCCAGAUCAGGUCAGAAGGAAGACCAGUUUGUUUAUGGGAAAAGCCCCCCAUUACCCCCUCAGGAGGUGCAGGUGCAGUGUGGCCAGGCCCCAGGGGUCCUGCAGGUGCGCUGGAAGCCCCCUGUCCUCUCACCCACCGGAACCUCCAAUGGAGCCAGCGUCAUCGGAUAUGCCGUCUGCACUAAAGGACAGAGGAUAGCGGAGGUGUUGUACCCCCUGGCUGACUAUGUAACAGUGGAGCUGAACAGGAUCCAGUGUCUGGAGGCCAGGGAGGUCAUCGUCAGGACGUUGUCAGCACAGGGAGAGUCCCAGGACUCCCAAGUCGCCCCCAUUCCAAACAACCUACUGGUGCCUCUUCCUCACACUGCCCCCCUGCCCCCUCCGCACCUACACGCAGGGCCUCCUCCACCUCACCCCCAUGCCCCCCCAUCCCACCUCCAGUCACCUCACCUCCCCCACCCCCAACUACCCAUGCCUCACCCCCAGCCUCUCUCACCCCUGCCUCACGGACAACCCCUCCCUAACCACCCUCCUCACCCUCAGUCCCAGCCACACCUCCAACCCCUGCAACCUCAUCCUGUCUCCCAGCCCCAGACUCACCUACAGCCUCACCCCCCUCACCCUGGUGGUCCUCCACAGCCACUGCACCUCCAGCCUCACCCACCUCACCCAAUGCCCCAGCACCGCUUACCCCUGCUGCCUCACCCCCCCCCCCAGCUCCACCAGAGACCAGUUAGUGCCAGAGACCUGGAACCGAAAGAGCAGGUGGCCCACCAUGGGGGAAUCCCCAGCCAGCCCUGGGACCCUACCUGCUCCCCCUCCGGCCAGCCUCCUCCUACCCCCAUGCACGGGCACACCCUGGAGGCACCCCCCUCUGCUAACCUGCGCUCACCCUCCCCCCAGAGGAUCCUGCCCCAGCCCAGGGGAACCCCCAUCCCAGACCAAAUGGCCAAAGCCAUCGCCCGCAAGGCAGCACAGAGGGUGGCUGCAGAGAGUGGCAGAAUGGAGAGGAGAGUCGUCUACAAUGAGCAGUGCCAGGCCUUCCACCAACAGAACUCAGAUGAGGAGGAGGAGGAUGAGGAAGGGUAUGGUCGAAGCCGCAGGAGACAGGGGGCCUCAGUGGAUGAGUUUCUCAGAGGGUCCGAGCUGGGCAGGCCGGCCCACUACAGCCACAGUGAGGAGUACCACAGUGACAGCAGCCGGGGCUCUGACCUUUCUGACAUCAUGGAGGAGGAUGAGGAGGAGCUCUACUCUGAGAUGCAGCUGGAGGAGGGACGACGACGCAACUCCCACAAUGCACUCAAGAUUGGGAACACCCUCUCUGGGGGUCGGCUGGAUCGGGAGACGGGGAGAAGAAUGUCCCGAGACGGUCCACAGCCCCAGAGACGCCCUCUCAUGGUGCCCUCCAUUGAGGGAUACAGGGACCGGGAACGCCGCUCCCCUCCUAACUACGAUGAGUCGGAACCAGAGGAAUCGUUCCGGAUCUUUGUGGCUCUGUUUGACUACGACCCCCUGUCCAUGUCUCCCAACCCGGACGCAGCAGAUGAGGAACUGCCCUUCAAAGAGGGCCAGAUCAUUAGGGUAUAUGGUGAUAAGGACACAGAUGGUUUCUACCGAGGGGAGAUCAGGGGAGGCAGGAUGGGGCUCUUGCCCUGCAACAUGGUGUCAGAGAUCAGGGCUGAGGACGAGGAGACCAUGGACCAGCUCAUCAAGCAGGGCUUCCUCCCGCUCAACACACCAGUGGAUAAAGUAGGAAUAGGGCAGGACAGACGAGGCUUCCGCCAGCACCAGGCCACCAGGAGGAUGGUGGCCCUCUACGACUAUGACCCCAGAGAGAGCUCCCCCAAUGUGGACGUGGAGGCUGAGCUGACCUUCUGUGCUGGUGACAUCAUCUCUGUAUUUGGAGAGAUUGAUGAAGAUGGGUUCUACUAUGGUGAAAUCAAUGGCCACCGCGGCCUCGUCCCCUCUAAUUUUCUAGAAGAAGUGCCUGACGACGUGGAGGUGUACCUGACGGACACUCCGUCUCGCUAUGCCCAGGACGAGCCCGCCAACCGGGCCGAGGCCAAAAGGGUAGCCAUGGAUACCACAGAGAGUACGGCCCCGCCUGUCCGAGCAGCGUCCCCCACAGUGCGUCCCCUGUGUCCUCCAGGCACCAUGCGGCCCAUCAGCCCCGCCAGGGGCCCCAGGGACCCCCGGGACAACAAAAAGAAAAAGGGACUGCUUUCCAAGGGGAAGAAACUGCUCAAGAGACUCUCUCCGGUAAAAUAAACUGUCCCCAGCUGACCCCAGAAAAGAUGCUGGGCCCAGUAUUGUAAAUUGCAUACAGUACACACAAUCAAAUCAGCCGAAUCUACAGCACACAACUACAAUGGCUACGUGUUCGUAUGUAUUACAGGACAAUAUAUGUGAGCCUAAUCUAAUAUAGUCAGCGAUACAACAUUCAUGUUCUGGUGAUGAAUACACAUAUUUACGUACAUGUACUCAGUGCCAAAUUCAAUGAGAACUUUGCUCACAUACUGUAUAACUGUGAUAUAUUUGAGGUGGAGGAAAAAAUAGGAGUAUAAACUAGGACUUUCAUUACAUUUUACCACUGUUUUCUUUAAUCAAAUGGUUAUUAAGGGACUUUGGAAAUCAGGACAAUGCUGAUAAGGCAUUUGUGUGCAUUUGUUACAAGUAGGGUAACAACAGAGUAGCCUAUUCUUUUUUGUUACAACCCGCGGUGGUUUCCAUGGCAAUUGUGCCAAUAUAAGGUCUCUAAAAUACAUGACGUGGCAAAAACAAGUUGUUGUGAUAGUCAGAUGUCAAUACUGGGAGACAGACCAUACUCCUGGAACACUAGAGCAACAACUAAACUACACUGUUAUUGAUGGCAUUCUGUCAGUAAUGCUGGCUGCUAAUACAGAGGCUUUAUUCAGUGCAAUACAUCACAAACAUGAGGUUGACAAAGGGUUGAAUCACUCACAGAACCUAGAAGUCUGCAGAGUGGUUGGCCACAGAGCAUUACAGCAAGGAGAGGAAGCUACAUUGGGUAAGACGUUUGUUUGAACCAUCUCAGUGGCCUUUAUGAAAACAAUAUGAGCAUGACAUUCCUCGUUUUCUAUGGUUGAACAAGGUUGUUUUUAAACUAACACUAGUCUGCCAAGAACCCCUGCUGCAUCCCUGCAGCUUUGUUUGAUAAAAAAAAAAGACGGUUAAUUAAAGAUAACCUUCUGUGUUUGCCUUCCAAUUGCACAAAGGGGUAUGUUUUUUCUGAUGAAUGGAAAAGCAUUGUUGUGUGUGUGGGUGUAGGUGUAGGCUGUGUGUGUGCUCAGUGUGCAUUCAUGUUUGUGCAUUCUUUUUUCCAAAAAGAGGACAUGUGGUUAGGAGUCAUGUGAUCUUAGUGGUGUGCCGCUAACUACAUUGCCGGUGUAAUGUUCAGUAAUGUUCAGUUCAGAGGGUUGGGUUACCCACUCAGCCAUUUCAGUAAAGAUGUCUAGGUGUGCCCUCAAGAUUCUGCACCGUUUACUUGUUUACACUCUUAUAGACCUAUUGGCAAGAGAAAGGGAGUGAUGACCUACAUACUGUACCUACAACCUCUAAACCAGUAGUCAUGUGGCUUAUGGGCUAAAUGAGGGCUAAAUAAAGGAUGCAUCCAGCUGAUUGUCAUUUACUGGGGAGGCUGUUAUAGCCGCUAGACAUACAUUGUCCUGUAUUUUUGACAGCUUUUAAAGUCCUAUAUUAACCCAUUUUCAUAACCCAUGAUCUCUUUCUGUAAUAGUUUAGCAUCACUACAGUUGCUGUACAGCCACCAUUUGAUGUGCAUAAUCAUAAUGGACAAUAUGUCAAGCCAUGAUUCACAAUGAAAUAUGUUUAAAUGUGAUUGAGAGUGAAAACCAGUCAGAGAGAGACCUAUCAGACAUGCCCAUCAGCUAAGAUAUUUAAGGCAAGUGUAAUAUCCCGCUGUAUAAUGAUUACAGGGAUCUUCUAUGUUUAUUAAAAAAUAAAAAAUCUAAAGAUGGAUUGCCAAAAAGGAAUGUAUGAAGUGUUGAGCAGGCAAAAUAGUUUAUAUUUUAUUAUGUGUCCAAAGUUAUGCAUUAUGUUAUGCAUCCAUUUGUUAAAAGGUGUUAAAGUCAUAAUACCAAGUCAUUCAUUUGUGAAUGCGUGUACGUCUAUGUUGUUGCAUUUUUGUACUUUUUUCAUUUGUAGAUAAUUUCUAAAUGUUUAUACUUGAUUUUCAGACUGUCUUUUUUAGUGCUUUAAGAUUUAUUCUUACUGUAAACAGUGCAAGCAUUCUCCAUGGUGUCCUCAAGAUAAGAUGUUUAAGUCUGUGGUUAUGUGCUUGCUCUGUGAAUCAAAGCGAAAAAGAUAGAAAUCAUUGGACAAUAUUUAUGGUGAUCAAAUAUUGUGUGCAUGUGCAAAAAAUAUUUUUUUUUUAAGUAAAAAAAUAAAUUUGAUAUUUUCUAGAA